AUGAACGAACGAAUCGUGAAAACUUGGGUUAUCUAGAGCGCGAAUGCACCAGUGACCUAGAGUGCCCCAAUGAAAAAGCCUGCAUAAAUCUGCAAUGCGUGGACCCGUGCGGUCUCCGCGGCGCCUGUGGGAUCAACGCGCUGUGCCGUGUGGUUCUGCACAAGCCACGAUGCUCCUGCCCUCAGUGUUAUAUCGGUAUGCCUCACACUGCCUGUCAUCCAGACCCGAAAUGCGAAACGCUGAAUCCCCGACCUACGCCGAACAUCGGUUGCUCGUCCGAUCGUGACUGUCCGGAGAGUCUGUCCUGUCACACGCGUACCGGAGAGUGUCGCGAUCCUUGUCUAAGCUCGCGAUACAACUGCGAA